CCCAGCGACGCCUCCGACUCCGACUGCGAGGUGUACGAAGUGGAGGCCCUCCUGGACCGGCGGCAGGUGGGCCAGCGCGUCUGCUACCUGGUCAAAUGGAAGGGCUGGGACGCCAAGUUCAACAGCUGGGAGCCGGAGGACUUCCUCAACUGCCCGGACCUCAUGCGCGACUUCCAGGCGCGUCCUCCAGGCCGCGCGGCCUCCUCAGCGGACACCCGUGGCUCCAGCCCCAUCCCCGACGGGCAGUGGGAGGUGGAGGCGGUCCUCAAUAAGCGGACGGUGGGGGCGCGCGGGAAGAGCCGCGCCGGCAAGUACAAUCAGUACUACGUCAAGUGGAAGAACUGGUCGGAGGACUACAACGAGUGGGUCAACGAGGCUGACCUCUUCUGCUUCGAUUUGCUGGAGGAGUACCACCGGAAACACCCCAGUCCGCCGGCCAGCACCGCCAAGAAACCCGCCGCGACGGCGCGCAUGUCCGUGCGGACCCCGCGCCCGGCGAAGCCCUCCCCGACGGACAGCACCGCCCCCGGGGCGCGGGCGGCCGGCGCGUACGCCCUGCGCAACACGGCGCGUCCGGAUUACACCGGCAGGGUGCCGCGCAGCAGCGUGAUGCCGCCGCCGCCGCCCCCGAAAUCGUUGUCGACGGGAAAGGUCACCAAGCGGGAGGCCUCGGGAGUGCCGGCGCGACGGGCGGCGUCGCAGUAUCCCCCGAAGAAGGUCAAGGAGGAGCCGCUGACGCCGGUGGAGAAGGGGAUGCGGGCGUGGCAGGACGCGCGGGUCAGCCGGGAAGAAGAGCGGGCGCGCCGAAAGCGGGAGGAGGAACGCCGGAGGAUCGUCACGCGGGAGUCGCGGUUGUUGACGAUGGCGGAGCGCAAGGAGAUCGAGAAGAAGAUGCGCGCGGAGGAAGGGGAACAGCGCCGGGAACGGGAGAGGGCGGCGGCGGCGGCGGCGGACAACCGCGGUCAAGGUGCGGAUGUGAGGGACGGGUUGACGCGCGUGCUGUACAUCCGCAACAACUACGUCUGGAAGACGGCCUACCACAUCACGCCCGAGGACAAGGCCACCAUCGUCCAGAACCCCUUCAGCGAGGAGGGCGUGUCGGUGCUGGGCGUGCUGCACCAGCCGGAGGAGGUCUUCGUCCUGGUGCGCCAGCGCCCGGUGGAGGACUUGUUUCUGGCGCUGCCGCUGUCCACCAUCCAGGACCACUUCCCCGCCACCUACAUUAUGUUCCGCGACGACAUCCAGGAGCGUAUUCAGCAGCGCCAGGGCCAGCGACAACGCGAACCGGGCACCAAUGCGGACCGCCCACGGGACGCCGACGAAGGCCGGGAGCGACGCGAUGGCGACGGAGGGAAGCGCUCCAAACGCCGCGAUCCCUCGGACUCCUCGGAGGAACGGGAGAGGGACCGCCGACGACCCAAGCGGCGCUCGGAGGAACGCGACGAUGACCGGCAGAAAGUGCAGCGCUGCGAGAAAGAUCACGGACAUGGCGAUGCUCGACGGGAAAAGCACAAAGCCGAGCAUCCUGAAAAAAAAGGUCACGGACGGGAUGGAGAUCGCCGGGAACAACAGAAGGCCGAGCAUCCUGAGAAAGGUCACGGACGUGACGUGGACCGGCAGCGACCGAAACGCCAUGAACGCUCGGAGGAACGCGACAGCGACCGGCGCGAUCAGAAGCGACCUGAGCGCGCUGAGAAAGGUCAUGGGCGGGACGGUGACCGGCAGGGGCCUAAACGCCAGGUUUACCGCGGUCGUCAUUCGCAGGAGAAAAGUCGUCGCUCAUCGAAGGAACGCCGGGACAAAACUGGAAGUGGCGGAGUGGUGGUGCCCAGUAUGGUCCUCACCUUCUCGGACGACGAGCCCGACGGGGCCAGUCCGUAACUUUUUAAUGGAUCACCCUUCACCGAUAUGCCGGCAUUUGCAUGUGGAAUUACGCACUGACACGUUUUUAGCGUGACGGACAUAUGCUUUUUCAUGGCGCUAACAACGACAGCGUUGACAUGUUCAGUUUUUGAAUAAUCCUUGAGAUAAGCUGCAUCAAUUACACGGUAUUAUGCCAUGUUCAGCGUGAUUUUUGAGUUCCGUGCAAACGUAAUUUUUGUCUCUUCCGGAGAGCGUUCGUUUCGUCUAACAUGUUGACGAUGGUAUGGAA